AUGGCGGCACAAACCAACCUUAACAUCACCACAGACCGGUCUGCUCUUCUUGCUCUCAAAGCCCAUAGCAAUCAAAACAUGAUCUUUACCAAUUGGUCAACCACCACCCCUGUUUGCAACUGGGUUGGCGUCAUUUGUGGUGCACGCCAUCAUCGAGUCGUAGAGUUGAACGUCUCUUACUUUGGUCUCGCGGGCACCAUUCCUCCUGAGCUAGGCAACUUAUCAUUCCUUGUUGAUCUGGACAUCCAAAAUAACAGUUUCCAGGGUACCUUGCCUCACGAGUUGGCUCGCCUGCACCGGUUGAAGUUCAUUAACUUGGGAUACAACAAGUUUAUGGGAGUGAUACCAUCAUGGUUUGGGUCCUUGUCCAAACUUCAAGGUUUCAGGUUGUUUGGUAAUCAAUUUUCAGGUUCGAUACCGGCUAUCAUCUUCAACUUAUCUGCUUUGCAAGAAAUUGAUCUAAGUUAUAACCAACUCUCAGGUAGAAUCCCCAGAGAAAUCAGGAACCUAACAACGUUGAAGGCAAUCUACCUUGAUAAUAAUAAUUUUAAAGAAAUUCCAAGUGAGAUCGGCACUUUGAAUCAGCUUGAAAAGUUGUUUGUGCAAGAAAAUGCCUUAAAACAGCCUAUUCCUAUGAGUGUCUUCAAUAUGUCAUCUUUGACUAUUGUAAGUUUCUAUGGAAACAAGUUGAGUGGUAGAAUUCCUGACAAUAUAUGUCAACAUCUUCCAAAUAUUCAAGUGUUGAAUUUGGGUGUGAAUCAGUUUGAGGGUCCACUUCCAUCCAAGUUAUGGCAAUGCAAACAACUUCUUACUUUGGGGUUGAGGGAUAACAGAUUUAGUGGAAGCAUACCCAAAGAAAUUGGGAACUUAACUCGGAUAAAGUUGAUUAGCCUUGUCAUCAACAGCUUGACAGGUAUUCAUAAUCUCAAUUGCAUAUAUUUAAUUAUCAUUAUUUUUAUAACUUGUUCAUAG